CUGUUUAUUUCACGUCUCCUCGCAGUGGACGAGGAUGACGAGUGGAGCCGUCGUCGGUUUGAUCCUUGCAGGGAUAAUUAUGAAAAUUGAUAUCUAGGGGUUUGAUUACUAUCAGUAUAGGUUAGAAGCUUGGAAUAUCAAAUUUACCACGAAGACAAUAGAUUUAUUCUUUCUGUGAUCCUUUCUUUCUCUUUGUAAAUAGAUAAUUUCAUGUUAUUGCAGAUCAUGUGAAUCAGGCUUGGCAUUGAUGAGCUCAUCGAGUCCUCAGACUUCAGUGGUUCACCUCUUCGCCUGUUUAUUGCAGCUUGAAUUCAGUUAAUCCCACUCUUCAGCUACGAUAUAACGUCUACGAUGGCUCCGAUACGCCGGUACCUUAGAAUCAGCAAGUUCUCGGUGCUCGAGUGUCGCAUUUACCUCGACAAUCCCUCCGACACCAGAUGGCUGCUCGACCCGCGAGACCCGGUUCUUCCCCGGGUUUUUGCCUGUAUCCGGCCUUUGGUGCUACCCAAGUUGCGGGAAGAAAACGAACGGGCGAUGGCUAGAAAGAAGAGCAAGCCAGUGAAGGACGUCAUUGCCGGGGGCUUAGAUGAUUUCCAGGUCUCCCUUUUCCUCCGCGAGUCCCGUACACGACACUCCCUCUUGACUCGACACAAGACAUUCGGCAAGCACUCGGCCCCAGCCGGACACGAGAAGAUCAUCGAUAAUCCUGCAGCCGACACUGCCGGGAUUAUGGUUGAGAGCGAUAGCGAGUCCAACGACAUUAGCCUGCGGGACGUUCCCGAAGUGGAGGCGGACGAGGAGACCACUCUCGAGAAGAAGAAGAAGAAUAAUAAUAAUAAUGCAUCCGGGGCGACGGAUGACAAGAAGGAAGCGGUCAGAACAGAAUAUGAGAGCUUUAAUAUCCAUGGGUGGGUGCUGUGUCUGCUCGUCACGCGCAAAGGAGAAAGGGCGAAAACGUCGGCCAUUCCGGCAUCACAAUCUGCCCGUCAGGUGUUGAUGGAGGAAUGGAUUUCCACGCAAGCCCAAGCGGACCUUGACGAUGAGUAGAGCCGAGCCUACUGAACUGCGCUGACUGACGGGUUUUGACAUUGAACUGUCAAGCGCACGAACCACCAACCUCGCCCCAAGAAUGGCUAGGCGAUAUUCGACACAUUAGUAUUGCGACGGAUUCUACUCGUCUAUUGGCGACGUGUCCCCGACGUGUCCCCGACGUAUCCCCCGUUCUCUGCUACUCGGUACUUCGAUAACCGGCUACGGAGUAUGAAUAUUUCGGGAUCACCCAAGCUAGCCAUUUCCUUGAUUCUAGAACGUUCAUACGACGUUCUCUGCUCCGCCAG